GGGCUUGCCUUUGAAAUGCUCUGUCUGGGGCAUCUCUGCCAGGCACCUUUCUGACACACACAAAUUUCUUGUCCCAGAUGGACGCAGGAUCUGCCAUCAAAGCUGCCGCUGCAGCAGCAUCCUCCGAAGAAGCCUCCUCUCCGCAGCCCGAAAACCCGAGCGUGAGCAGUUCGGCCCUCUCAAGCCGGGAGAAAGAGAAGCAGUUCCUGAGGCUGCUGAGGCGUGUGGUGAGUGUGGGAGAUCCAGAGAAGAAGUACACUGGAUGGAAACCUAUUGGCAGUGGCCGAUUUUGGCCUCUGUGCUCCGUUCAGCCCUGA